GUGUCUCAGCCAGAGGGACGGAGCACUUGCCCCAGAACCUGCUCAAAGAAUGGAGGAGGGGGAAAGGAGCCCCUUGCUGUCCCAGGACACCACAGGCCAGAAGCUGGCACCCUCUGUGAACAGCCCACUCUCUUCCAGCUGCCCAGGUCUGGUGCCCAGUGAUGGUCAGGCAGGAGCCUGCAGCCGCUGUCCACCUGGGGCCAGGCAUCAGACUUUGAGGGACUGCCUGGCCCCCUCCCUCGCUGUGGGGAGUACCUGUGUCAAGAUCCUGACCUUCUUCUCCAACUUCCUCUUCUCCCUGCUGGGCCUGCUGGCCUUGGCCACUGGACUCUGGGGUCUAGCCGUUAAGGGGUCCCUGGGGAGUGGCUGGGGGGUCUCCCUGCCUGCAGACCCCAUGCUGGGGCUGGUGCUGGGGGGCCUGGCAUUCAGUGCCGUGAGCCUGGCCGGCUGCCUGGGCGCCCUCUGUGAGAAUGCCUGCCUGCUGCGCUGCUUUGCAGGGAGCAUCCUCGCCCUUCUGGUGCUCGAGGCGGUGGCGGGGGCUCUGGUGGUGGCACUCUGGGGCCCCCUGCAGGACAGCCUGGAGCACACCUUGCGUGUGGCCAUCGCCCACUACCAGGACGACCCAGACCUGCGCUUCCUCCUGGACCAAGUGCAGCUGCGGCUGCAGUGCUGCGGGGCCGCCUCCUAUCAGGACUGGCAGGAGAAUCUGUACUUCAACUGCAGCUCUCCAGGGGUACAGGCCUGCAGCCUUCCUGCCUCCUGCUGCAUCGACCCCCUGGAAGGUGGAGACUCCAUUAACGACCAGUGCGGCUUCGGGGUCCUGAGACUGGACCAGGACGCAGCGCAGAGGAGGGUGCACCUGGAGGGCUGUGGGGCCCCGCUGCGGGAGUGGCUGCGCAGCAAUGCCCAGGCUGCAGGCGGCUACCUGACCCUGGUAGUGGCGGUCGAGGGGGCGGAGCUCCUGCUGGCCACCCUGCUGCUUAGAGUCCUGACUGUCCGCAAGGUAGGGCAGGAUGGCACCACCUUCCGUGGCACCAGGCUGGGUAGCUUGCCCUCUGCUAACAGCCCGGGGCUGACCCCAAGAGCCUGGGACCCCAAGGAGGUCUGGGCUGAAGGCUUCUCCUCCUCUUCCGGGAAAGUGCUGAGUAAUCCAGCAAGGACACCUGACUCCUGACG